AUGUACCGCCUAGUGUUUACGAUCCUAGUUUUAAGUGGCUGUUUUUGUAACGAUGCAAACGAGACGAAAAGCGCGCGCGAAGAGAAACUCCGCAGUGCUCUAAUAGACGCCUUCCAGAAUAUAAAAAAAGCAUCAGCUAAGGGCGCUAUAGAGGACUCCGAUCUAAUAGGAUCCGUAAAUAAGGAGAAAAAUGCGAGAACGAACGACGACUCUUUCGAUCUAUUCGCCGAUGAAGACGGGCUGACGUUCAACGCAGGGUUGGAGACGGAACGACCGGUCCCGACCACGGAGAAGUCUCACAAUGUACAGCAUAUUAAAACGAUGAAAGCGGAGAAGACGGUGAGACCGAGAGACGAGGAGGAGAGGCCGGUGAACGAAAGCGCGGUGAUUCGAGAGGUGGACGAAAAUCUACUGGGACUGGAGAGUAUGCUGCGAGUGAUAGAUGCGGAGAUAUUGGUGGCGCAGUGGGUUAAGUUACGAGAGACGGUGUCGGGUCAAUGCAGGGAGGAUCUCGAGGAAUAUGUGGACGGGUUGAAGGAUCGGGUGCUCUGGGCUCUGAAAAUGGAGGACGCAAGCGGUCGCUACACUUCCAUGUUCUAUUGGGGCAAUAAUUAUUGGACUGGAUCGGCUGAGCUCUGCCAGAUUCUGAACGAGCAACAUGCACCGCAUCAUCACAAUCGAAGCGGGGGUUCGCAGAUCUUCAGCGAAUGGCGUCAAGAUGUAUCUAUGUCUGGCCUCGGCCCGCCUUUUGACACCGCCUUCUACAACGUGCGCAUGAGUGUCACUACCGAUCUACCCGAAAUCAUCAAGACCCGCCGAACAAUCCACCUCGGCUUGUGUCUCCCACGAGCCUGUAGUCGACAGCAGGUGGCAGCACUUGUCAACGAAGUGCACGCACCAUUGCUGAAACAGAGCGUAGUCGCUGUACGAUCUCCGGAGCACGGAGGAUAUACCUAUUUGGGUGAUCCUACCUUCCAAAUAUUACUUGGAGUCUGCUGCAUAGUCGGUGCGCUAUUGGUAACGUCUACCAUAUACGAUGUGAUGCUAGCACGCGAGGUGCGCGCGCGCAGACGUCGCGUCGAGAACAUGGCUGUUGUGGAAAAUGGCGCUUUACACCCGCUGGAUGCUAUCACUGUUUCUAAAGGUAAAUCAAUGUACAACGUGAACAACAACAUCGCUAUAAACAGUAAUAAUUCCGAAGAACGACUUACAGGAGAGACAGCAUCUACGGAUGAGGAACUCAAACUCAGUGUUUGGUCAGAGCUGCUCCUCUCCUUCUCCAUGAAGGCCAACAUCCUUCAGAUCUUCGACCAGACCGUGGGUGCCGAUACAGUGCCCGUAGUCCAUGGCUUACGGUCUUUGUCUAUGGUCUGGGUAAUCUUUGGCCACACUUGCAUUGUGGUCUUCAAGUACGCCGACAACACAGCCCUAAGAGCUAUCCUGGAGAAGAGUUUUUGGUUCCAGCUCAUCAUCAGUGCCGUGUACAGUGUCGACACUUUCUUCUGUCUCGGUGGUAUGUUGGUGUCGUUCCUGUAUUUCCGGACGAACGCCAAGGGAAAGCUAGAGCGUCUAACAAAAGGACGAAGGAAGAUUACAGCUGGUAUUCUGCAGUUUCUUGGACUCAUGGGCUACAGAUUUGCGAGAUUGACUGCUCCCUAUCUGUUCAUGUUGGGUGUAGUGGAAGUAACAAUGAAAUGGUUCGCAAACAACGCUGUAUUCGAGCCACCGGCAAUGGACCACGAGACAUGUCCCAAAUAUUGGUGGAGGAACUUACUUUACAUCAACACCUUGUUCCCAGUCGAUCAAAUGUGCAUGUUAUGGAGUUGGUACCUCUCUGAUGACACCCAAUUCUACGCAGUCAGCGCUAUCCUUCUCAUAUUGGCUACAAGCCAAUUCAAGCUUUCCCUGAUCCUGACCGGCGUGUUCUUCCUGUCCUCCCUCUUCACCACAGGCUACGUAUCCUGGACGAGCCAGCACAUUCCCAAUAGCGAAGACCCCUUUACGCAGUUCGACAAGAUCUACGACAAGCCUUGGACCAGGCUUGGGCCAUACCUCGUGGGCAUGGCCACCGGUUGGAUACUCUUCAAAACCAAUUUGAAGAUCAGAAUGAACAGAAUAUGGGCUAUAGUUGGGUGGGUAGUUUGCACAGCCACUCUACUGUUCCUUAUCUUUGGUCUGUACCGCACUGAGCUAAGUGUGGGUAGCGCUGCUGUGUAUAGCGCCCUUUCACACUCGUUAUGGGCCGCUUGCAUCGGUUGGAUCAUCAUUGCCUGUUCCACUGGCCAUGGAGGCUGGAUCAGGCCACUGCUGUCUGCGCCGAUCCUGUACCCGUUCUCAAGAGUGACGUAUUGUGCGUACCUUGUGCAUCCGGUGGUACUCCGUGUGGUAGCCAUGUACUUGACGCAUCCCAUUCAUCUAGGAGAGAUGCUGGUGUUCGUGCUGUUCCUGGGUCUGACUGUGAUAUCAUACUUCCUCGCAUUCGUUAUCUCCGUCGCCUUCGAGGCGCCUAUCGUAACGAUGCUCAAGAUUGUGUCACCGCAAAAGAAACCGCAUCGUGUAUAA